UGGGUACAAUUUCUUUGAUACGGAACCAGGAACCGAGGGUCCGCAUCGGUGCAUCGGGAGGUAACACGUGGUUGGGGAGGAAGACCUACGUCAACACGCGCUGGUCCAAUUACUUUCCUGUCCCCAGAAAGGCUCCCCUCCGCUAUCGGCCACGCUGCAGGCGGGGUUCUGGGAACGCGCGGAGCCACACCCCUCCCGGGAAUGGGGGGGCGCUGCCGCUCGGCGCCAGUGGGAGGCAGCUGGUGCGGCAGCUCCGCCAGCCAUGGAGCUGAGCUUCCGGGUGGCGGGGCAGCGACCAGGUAACCUCCCCGCAGCUGCAGCCGUAGCCUCCUGUGUCCGCGUCUCCGCACCUUAUGGCGCAGGUACCGCCCGCCAUCUCCGCUCGCCCCAUCCUAGGCGUGGUCGGUUAGGGACUCGGGCUGCCGAGAGCCGGCUCUGCGGCCUCCAACCGCCCUCUGUCUCCCGCUCCCAGGCUCCCUCUGACUGCGGCGCGCCAUGCCCCUCAGCCUCUUUCGGCGCCUUCUCCUCGGCGCCCUGCUGCUGGUGAUAGUCUGGGCCCUCUUCGGGCCCUCGGGCCUCGGGGAGGAGCUGCUGAGCCUCUCGCUAGCGUCGCUGCUCCCAGCACCGGCCUCGCCGGGGCCGCCCCUGGCCCUGCCGCGUCUCCUGAUCCCCAACGAGGACGCCUGCGGUGGCCCCGGCGCCCCUCCCUUCCUGCUCAUCCUGGUGAGCACGGCCCCCGAGAACCUCAACCAAAGAAACGCCAUUCGGGCCUCGUGGGGCGGGCAGCGCGAGGCCCGAGGGCUUAGGGUGCAGACUCUCUUCCUUCUGGGAGAGCCUGGCGGGCGGCAUCCCGCCCGGGGCUCCCUUGAGAACGACCUGGAGCGGGAGUCAGUGGCCCGCGGGGACAUCCUGCAGGCGGCCUUCCAGGACUCCUACCGCAACCUGACCCUCAAGACGCUCAGCGGGCUGAGCUGGGCGGACAAACACUGCCCCCGGGCCCGCUACAUCCUCAAGACCGACGACGAUGUGUUUGUCAACGUUCCGGAACUGGUAUCCGAGCUGGUCCGGCGAGGGGGCCGUUGGGAGCAAUGGGAGAGGGGCAUGGAGCCCCAGAGAGAGGCGGAGGCUGGAGAUGGAGGGUGGGAAGGAGGCAGCCCCACCCCGGUGCGCCAGCCCAUGCCGCUUCUGUACCUGGGCCGCGUGCACUGGCGGGUGCACCCCUCUCGGACUCCAGGGGGCAAGCACCAGAUCUCAGAGGAGCAGUGGCCGGCCACCUGGGGCCCUUUCCCACCCUACGCCUCGGGCACAGGAUAUGUGUUGUCAGCUUCCGCUGUGCAGCUCAUCCUCCAGGUGGCCAGCCGGGCACCCCUUCUGCCACUGGAAGAUGUCUUUGUGGGGGUAAGUGCCCGACGAGGAGGCCUCACCCCAACCCACUGUGUCAAGCUGGCUGGUGCCACCCACUAUCCCUUGGACCGGUGCUGCUACGGGAAAUUCCUGCUGACGUCCCACAGGUUGGACCCCUGGAAGAUGCAGGAAGCCUGGAAGCUGGUGGGCGGCUCCGAGGGGGAAAGGACUGCGCCCUUCUGCUCCUGGCUCCAGGGAGUCCUGGGCAUCCUGCGGUGUCGGGUAAUAGCCUGGCUUCACAGCUGAGAGGACCCGGGCCAUUGGAGAGGAGUGAGGAGCGGAGGGACCAGCCAGCUCCCCCACCUUCCUCCCGGGCCCGAGGCGUCUGGCUGCAACUGGACAGCU